UUGCCCCCCCCCCCAAACUGGGGUUUAUAUGAGGAACUGCAAUACCUUAAUAUUCUAUUCGGUCGGUGGAUUUUAGUUGCACGUUAUCUUAUGAUACCUGCAAACAAGCACAAAGUGACAGAUGCUGCUGAUAUUUUGAGACAGGAACAGAAUUCUGUGAUUUUUUUAAACCUGUUCUUUACUAAAACAAUUCCAAACUAAAUAUAUACCAAUAGGCUGGAUAUGUACUAAGUUCCACUUGGAAUGUUAUAUCCUCUUUGUUGUUUUAAUCCCCUGGAAUGCACUGAUCAUUUAUGUUUGCAUUCACUCUUCUAAUUGCUGAAACAAAAUACACGAAUAGCCCGCAGAAGAAAAGGCAGCCAAAAUAGCGGUGGUGUUUUGCUGAGUAAAUGCGCGCAAACAAACCGAAUAUCCCCAAUCUGGUGUGACACCUCCUGACUCUAACCUGGAAGCGGGAGGUCUACUUUUUAGCUAAGAUCCCCCCAUAAACCUAACUAAAUACCUUAUUCCACUGAGACAAUGUUAUCGAUCAGACUACUGGCUGUCUUCCUCGUCCUCAUCACCAACACGUGGCUGCUCAGCCCGGUUCGCUCCGAUGCACACCGCCGGUACAAACGCGCCAUGGCCCGGCGGGCGGACGGCGAGCUCUCCAGGCUGGCAGGUGAACCCUGCACCGUCUCCGGCGUGUGGAGGUCCCGGCGGCAAGCGCGCUCCACCUCCCCGUCCCAACACCGCCCUCAAGCGGCCCGUCCGAGGACUCGCACGAGCCGGAGAAAGCUUUACAGCGUCGGGGGCGCUCCCGCGGUCUGUGCGGGAGGGUGCGGGUUUGACACCGGUGCGCAACGGGUCACUCCGGCGAAGGAGGAUGGGCAACGCCGGGGAGACACCGAGGAAGCGGCGGUGGGAGAAGGGGGCGGCUAUGCAAUGUUGCCCGGGCAGCUCUUCGAGGAACGCUCCGCUAACGAUGAGAGAGGGUCAGAGCAUGUCAGUGAACGCACCGCAGCAAAGCCCGGGGUGUCUGUGCCGAAUGACACCGAACAGACAGUCUCCUCUGGCCGUCCGAAGUCCCUUCGCGCCUCCCGCUCUAGGUUAACCCGCAGCCUUGGUGGGACUUUUCCUUACGAGGACGACGACUCCUCCAGCUGGGCGAAAGUUCCCCCCCCCGACAGCUCAACAGACUCCAAGGGAAUCCGGGUCCUCUACAGGCUGCGACAGGAAGAUGGAGACAAGCGGCCCUCGACCGGGACCCCGGAGAACAGUACCGAGGACUACUCCGGGGAGGUGGAGGAGGCGGAUACGCUUGCGAACCUGCCCGGCGGCAACUCCUCUCCCUGGGGGAGUCCCGUGCCCAGGGUGCCCCCGUCCUGGAUGACCGCCCUGUACUUCGGCGGGCGUCGGGAGCAGCUGAGGGUGACGCCGGCGGCAGGGCUGGAGCUGCCGCGGGGCCAGUUCAGCCUGGAGCUGUGGGUGAAGCCCGAGGGAGGGCAGAGCAACCCCGCAGUCAUAGCAGGUGUAUUUGACAACUGUUCCCAUUCCCUGAGUGAGAAGGGCUGGUCGGUGGGCAUCCGCACCGCGCAGCCCGCUGGUGCCAAGGACGCACGCUUCUACUUCAUGCUCCGCACGGACCGAGCCGUGAAGGCCACCACCGUCUACAGCCACCAGCGGUACCGAGCCAACGUCUGGACUCACCUGGUGGCCACCUACAACGGCCGUAACAUGCGCCUGUACGUCGACGGCGCUCAGGUGGGAGAGAGCAGUUUCCAGGCUGGGAAUCUCUACAGCCCCUUCAUGAAGACGUGCAGAAGCCUCUUCCUCGGCAGUAACCUAUCGGAUCAGGGACACGGUUUCAGGGGCCACGUAGGGGGCGUGGUCUUGUGGGGCUACGCCCGCUCCCACGGGGAGCUGCUCAAAAAGCCACUUCAGAACAACAAAAACAAGCCCCUCUUGGCUAUGUGGGCCGACUUCACCAAGGUGGAAGAGCUGUGGACUCCAUACAAAGUUGGUCUCCAUCCCACCAUCAUCAGCGCUCCUGUCCCUGAAGAAGAAGUUGUCUCCCCGUUCCUGCCCCCACCCUGCGGCCUGACACUCUGCGACAACAACAAAAUAAUCUUUGGCUACAACAACAACUUCCAGCUCCGUGCCACCAAGCGAGUUCGCUACCGGGUCGUCAACCUUUCCGACGACGACGGCGAGAACCCCACCGUGUCCGAAGACCAGAUCCAGCUCCAGCACCAGGCUCUUAUAGAGGCCUUUCACCCCUACAACAUUAGCCUGGAUCUGAGCGUGCACACUGCCAGAAACUCCAGCCUCCGACAGCGAUUCAUUCUCAGCAACUGUCGAAUUGGGAAGAUCGGGAACCGCCAGUGUGACCCCGAGUGCGACCACCCAAGGACAGGCAACGACGGCGGGGACUGCCUGAGACUGGGGCCCUGCUACAACUGGAAGAGGCAGGAUGGAGUUUGUGACCUGGAGUGCAACAGCAUACACUAUGACUACGACGAUGGGGACUGCUGUGACCCGGAGGUCACAGACGUCUUCAAGACCUGCUUCGAUCCGGAGUCCCCCGACAGAGCCUAUAUGAGUGUGAAAGAGCUAAAGGAGGAGCUGCAGCUGAGCGGCAGCGACACGCUCAACGUUUUCUUUGCCAGCAAUUCGGUGCGAGAGGAGCUGGCAGGAGCUGCAACAUGGCCGUGGGCGAAGGAGGCUCUCACCCACCAAGGUGGGAUGGUUCUCAACCCGUCCUACUUUGGCACCAAGGGCCACCACAACACCAUGAUCCACGAGAUGGGCCACAUACUUGGACUGUACCAUGUCUUCAAGGGGGUGAGCGAACGCGACUCCUGUGACGACCCAUGUCAGGAGACCAUCCCAUCAAUGGAGACAGGAGACUUGUGUGCUGACACCGCACCAACGACCAAAUCCAAAGCCUGCCAAGACCCCGGGGCCGUCCAUGAUACCUGUGGACUCACCACGUACAACGACACACCUUAUACCAACUACAUGAGUUACACAGAUGACAACUGCACCGACCAUUUCACACCCAACCAAGUGGCCCGGAUGCACUGCUAUCUCGACUUGGUGUACCAGAACUGGCUGUCGGAGCAAGAACUUGCCCCCAUCCCUCUGGCCCCGAUAGUGACGGACCAGGGUCCAGACUCUGUCUCUAUCUAUUGGCUGCCCCCUAUGAGGGGGGCACUUUAUCAGAGCUCUUCCUCUCUUGUGUCUGGUAUCAACUGUGGAGACUGUGAGACGGACGGCGUUUUCCACCAGUACGCCUCCGAGGCCACAUCCCCCCGCAUCUGUGACACGUCGGGCUACUGGACGCCCGAGGAGGCAGUUGGCCCACCUGACGUGGAGCAGCCCUGUGAUCCCAGCCUCCAAGCCUGGAGUCCUGAGCUCAGCCUGUAUGACACCAACGUGACGUCACCCUGUCCUGACACGGAGGGCUGCACUCUCACUCUGACGUUCCUGCACCCUAUCAUCCCGCACACACUCACGCUCUGGGUCACCUACGUCUCUUCCAACAACCCGGCCCUGGCUGAUGUGGAGCUGAUAACCGGCGUGGGGAAGAGCAUCAACCUCGGACCCCAGCACGUCUUCUGUGACAUGCCCUUCACGCUGCGCCUGGACACCCGCGGACUCACCGUCACCGCCGUCAAACUCAGCACCUUCGACGAGAAGAUGGAGGUCGACGCCGCCAUGUUGUCCUCUGGUCCCGGCAGCCCCCUGUGCUCCGGCUGCCGACCCCUGCUGUACCGGAUUCAACGGCAGCCGCCCUUCGCCGGCCAAAACCCCCCGCCUCAGACCCGGCAGACCUUCACUGACAGCUCUGUAAGGCAAGGGGUCAAGUACCAGUACACCAUCCAGGUGGAAGCAGACGGCCUCCUCAGCGACCCCUCCUCACCUCUCCUCUAUACCCAUGGGCAGUUCUACUGUGGAGACGGCUUCAUCCAGGGGGCCGAAGAGUGUGACGACAACAAUCUGCUGGAUGGCGACGGCUGUUCUAAGAGCUGCCAGAAGGAGACGGACUUCAACUGUAAUGGCGAGCCGAGCCGCUGUUAUGUCUUCGACGGCGACGGCGUGUGCGAGGAGUUCGAGCGGCGCUCCAGCGUCCGAGACUGCGGUUACUUCACGCCUCUCGGCUACACGGACCAGUGGGCCUCCACCGCCGCCGCCUCGCACCAGGACCCGAACCGCUGUCCCGCCCACGCCGCCACCGGGGAGCCGUCACUCAGCAAGCUCUGCAGGUACCAGCACCUGGAGGUGAGUGAGAGGCUGCCCGCAGACGCCUGGUUCCCCUGCACGGCCCAGUUCGACAACAAUGAGCUGGAACAGUCGUUUUGGCUGAAGGUUGGAUUUGUUCAUCCCGGAGUGGCGGCUUCCGUGAUAGUGUACCUGGCUUCAGACGGGUCGUGGUCUGGGGAGCAGUGUUCAAGGACCGCCACCAUUCUCCUGUCUGACACUACGGGCAAGAACCACUCACUCGGCACCCAUGACCUCUCAUGCCAUCAGAACCCAUUGGUGGUGAACGUGACCCACGACCUCUCUAGACCCUUCUUCAUCACGGCCUCGGUUAUUCUGCUCUUCUCCUCCCCCUCUGUGGCGGUGGGAGGCGUGGCCCUGAGGACGUCCUGCCACUUCAGCACCUUCGCCCAGACCGGCUGUUUGCGGCAGCCGUGUCAGCUGGACAGCUGCGCUCCUCUCCAGAUAGAGCACGCCUCGGUCAGGUGUACAGGAGGAGGGGAGUCCUCUCGGUGCCUGGUCCAGUGUCACCGUGGUUUCAGUGUCAAUGUCCUCAACAGCAAGGGAACGCCGCCCCACCAGAGAGAAUUGCAGCUGGAGUGCUUUCAUGGUGCCUGGGAUCGUUUAGUGAGCUGUCAGCCCGUAGACUGCGGCAUGCCCGAUCAGUCUCACGUCUACCACGCCGUAUUCAGCUGCCCCCGGGGGACCACCUUCGGCAAACAAUGCUCCUUCACCUGUGGACCACCAGCUAUACUACAAGGUGACAGCGACAGGUUGGUGUGUUUGGAGGACGGCCUGUGGGGUUUCCCAGAGGCCUACUGCAAGAUUGAGUGUCCCGAGGUUCCGAACAUCCCGGACGCCAAGCUGCUGACGGUCGGCUGCGUGGCCUCGGGGCACGACGUCGGCGCCGUGUGCCGCUACAAAUGCAACCCGGGCUUCUACGUGCUCGGGAGCCUUAAGAUGAAGACGCCGAGGAAGUACUUCAAGUUGGAGUGCCUGCAGGAGGGGCAGUGGGAGGAAACUACCUGUGAGCCAAUAUCCUGCCCGGCGCCUCCUGAUGUAUUCCAGGGCAUGUACACCUGCACCAACACCCUGUACUAUGACACCCUAUGCACCCUACAGUGCCCAGAUGCCACAGAAAAUAGGGAGAUACGCUGCACGAAGGAGGGUGACUGGAGUGCAGAGUUCACCAUGUGCUCCACACUCCAGGGGUCGUGCUCCCCGCCUGCCAAUCACAACUCAGUGGAGUACAGCUGCGACCCGAGGACGGAUAUUGGUGCAUUUUGCUACCCAACAUGCAUUGGGGCUGCAGACAUGGAUCUACGCGACCCGGCGGUUCUGCCCAAUUGCACUACAGUCGACUCCUUAAAGCACUGGAUGCUGCCCACUGAAGUCCAGAGCAUAGUCUGCACAGGGAGGAUGAAGUGGUACCCCGACCCUGAACACAUCCAUUGCAUCCAGUCCUGUGAGCCUUUCGGGGGCGACGGCUGGUGCGACACCAUCAACAACCGGGCCUACUGCCAGUAUGAUGGAGGAGACUGCUGCCCAUCCACACUCUCCACCAAGAAGGUCAUUCAGUUCGGAGCGGACUGCGACCAGGACGAGUGCACUUGCCGUGAUCCAGACGCCGAAGAGAAUAAGAGCAGAACCAAGGACUCGGGAUGAAAGUGGCUGUCAAACAGAGUCCAACCACAGACUGCACAUUGCAACACACAAACAACAAAACCCCCUUUUUUUACUUUACACAAUAAAAGCCUUUUUUAUUUCAUCCUGAGUGGGCAGGCUGUUUGAUAGCUCCACAUAUGGGUUUAUGAAAACGUGAUCCCCUCCUGCACAAAUACCCACCUGUAAACACAUUGUUUUCUUUUUCCUGUGUAGAAGACUGUGUUUUGAAAAGGAAACACCAAGUUAAUAUGGAUAGGAAAAUGACUCACCAAAAAACCUCAGCUAAGCCAAAUCACUUCAGUCGAGUUGGAAGCUUUACGAAAACAAAAGAAAAAUCCUCCUUCAUCAGGAUGUAAAAGGAUCCAUAGCUGUUAAGAAUAACAUGCAUAGACUAAUAUAUUUGUAUCACCUAACAUAUCUCCGGAUCACGUUAUUAGUCAACACUAUUUAUACCACAGAUCUAGUAACACAUCGCACCAUUUUGCAUUUGUAGCAAACAUGUAUUUUUCUGUAUGUACGCGUCAUUCAACUUUUUUGGAAUCACUUAAAUGUGACACUGUGUCAGAAUGAUUGGAUUUACUCUGAAAAAAAGAUGCACUUGAUAUUCCACUGUCGUGAUUCAGAAAAAGAGGUUCCUCGUUAAGACAAAUAAAAAAUGGAGAUUAAAAAAAGCCUUUUGGAAGGGCGGGGCGUUUCUUUUACUCAACCUGGACUCGUCUCCUGCUUGCAUGCAUGUAUGUCAGGUAGGCCAGAAAUCAUAAAGUACCACAUGUUGUGUCUAUUAAAAAAGAAAUAUAAGAAUUUAUAAUCAUGUUCUUUGUGAUGUUUUACUAAUAUGAAAUAAAUAGCAACUUUAUAUCGA